CUCUCUCCUUAUGGACGUUUAGGAUACACUGAGCUCCUCUCCUCUCUCCUUAUGGACGUUUAGGAUACACUGAGCUCCUCUCUCCUCUCUCCUUAUGGACGCUGAGGAUACACUGAGCUCCUCUCUCCUUAUGGAUGAAUCUUCAUCUCCCUCACACAUUAACUCUGCUUCCUCGCUUGAGUCCUUGUAACUUCACGCCUCAGAGGGUCCAUUGGACCUGGUGUGGUCCUGACUCCAGCGUCUGGUCUGGCCCCGCCUCCUUUCCCAAUGGCCCCGCCUCCUUCUCUGUGCCUCCUGCCUCUAUGGCCCUGGCUAAUUUCUGUCAUAUUCGUUGAAUGUUUAUGCAACUCUGUUCAUCUGGUCACAUGACAUCUAUUGUUCAACAGAUGUGAGGUCAAAGGUCAUAGAUGUCUAUGUGUACAGAUUGUAAAGCCCUCUGAGGGGAGGUUGUAACUUGUGAAUUGGGGCUAUAUAAAAUAAACUGAAUGGUACACAUUGGUCCCAAUUGCCUUGAGGCUGGAUCACCUGUACAGCUCCCUCAGUGUCACCUGAGCGAGGUGUGUGUGUGUGACAGGUAUGUGGGCGGGGCAUCGAGGCCUUCGACCUUCAGCAAAAAGAUAAGAUAAGCUCGUUUUGAAAAUGUUACCAGUUAAUUUGUAAUCUGUGAAGGUUUGUUUGAAACAUGAUCCUGAUGACAUCAUCGACUUCACUGAUUUCACACACAGAGGGAAUCCAGUAGAUUUGAAGAUUACAAAUUAUGAUUAUCUUUUUAAAGUUUUCUUCAUUCUAUUAUUGUUUGUGGGUUUUUCCAGAUUUACUCAUGUCAUUAUUUUUAAUAAUGCAUUCAUUCCGUAUUCACUGUUUGGGUUCAUUUUGUCUGCAGAACUGUAAUUAAAAGACGGCUCACAUUGUAUUUAUUUUGCUUCUCCAGGGUUCAAAGACUCUUCAUCGGUUAUAUGAACUGUACAAGAUAACAAUGUUGAACUUGUAUUUAUAGUAACCUUUUACACAAACCCCUGGAAUAUAUAUACUAGUUUUUAAACAUAGACAAAAAGCAAAAAUACAAACAAACAACACAUUUAUAUAUCUUCCCGUUGCCGAUUAAAACCAACCGGAACCCGGAGUCGAGCAUCCGGGAAGACUUUGAAUGCGGCACCGAGGUCCUGAUUCACUUCCGUAAACAAGCGGUUCACUUCCUGUUGUGAACACACGCGCCACCACAGGGAGCGCGUCGUCGAGCAGCGGCACAACUCUUCUAAAGCGACUCAUCUCGUCCGGAAACAUUAACCCGGUAACUAUGAGCCCGGCCCCCCGGUGCCACCUCAGCGGGCCGUCCGGGCGGAACCACGGCUAGCGGCCACACCGCGUUCCUCUUCGCUCGCGCGCGGUGAAAACAUGGAGCUCGACCGCCGGGACUUCCUGAACUCUCCCUCCGCGAAGACGGUCCGGUUCGGCGGCACCGUCGUGGAGACGUUAGCGAAACACAAACGGGGAGACUCGCGGGACUACGAGCUGCUGAAGCACCAGCUGGCCGACCCCGACAUCAAGGACGCUCAGAUCAUCAACUGGCUGCAGGAGUUCCGGAGCUGUGUGACCCAGCUGACCAAGGACCACGAGCAGCUCAUCUACACCAUCCUGAGGCUCCCGUGGGUGGGCCGCAGCCCGGCCGUGGUGGAGGAGUACAUGGUCUUCCUCAGUAACCUGGUCUCGGCUCAGACCGUCUACCUGUGUGCCUGCCUCAAGAUGGUGGUCUCCCACUUCACCCCCAAGAGAGUGACGGUCUGCGAGGGAGGGGUGGACAUCUCCGAUUCAGAUGAUGAAGAUGAAAACCUUCCCACAAACUUCAACCAGUGUCACCAGGCGCUGCAGCUCAUCACCAGAUAUGUUCCAUCCACCAGCCGCUUCCUGAUGCCGAUCCUCACCGAUCACUUCCCCUUCGUGCAGAAGUCCUCCACCACGCUGGAGUGCUACGCCCACAACCUCCUCCGGGUGGCCGUGUACAUCCCAUCGAUACGCAGAGACGUGCUGGAGCUGAUCAUUGGGAAGAUGCUCAAGCUGGAUGUGAGUGCAGCCCGCUCUGACAUAGAGGAAUCAGAGGAAGCAGCUCAGCGAGUCGAGGAGACAACUGAGGAAGGACUCUUUGACAUGGACGAGGACCUGCCGGCGGCCGGCCCCUCCCGGGCGACCAUGGCUCACCCGGUGGCCGACAGGCUGGACACCCUCAUGGCGGUGAUGAUGGCCUACAUCACGGACGCCUGCCAUGUGGACGGCUCUCUCCAGGUGGACCGGACUAAGGAUCUGUUCAGAGACCUGCUGAGUGUGUUCGAUAAGCUCAUCCUGCCCACACACGCGUCGGCCCACGUCCAGUACACCUUGUUCUACCUGUGCAGCUUCAGAGUGGCUCUGGCCGAGGCCUUCUUGGACCACCUGUGGAAGAUCCUGCAGAGUCCGGCUCAGCCCGCGGUGCUCCGCCAGGCUGCUGCCGGGUACCUGGGCAGCUUCCUGGCCCGGGCCAAGUUCAUCCCUAUGGCCACGGUGCGGGCCUGUCUGGACCUGCUGCUCUCCUGGAUCCACGGGUACAUCGACAGCCAGGACGGCAGUGGCCGUGCGGCCUGCUGCGACAUCAGCCUGCACGGCCCGUUCUACAGCGCCUGCCAGGCCGUGUUCUACACGCUGGUGUUCAGGCACAAGGCCAUGCUGGAGAGCAACAUGAAGAAAGGUCUGGAGUACCUGCAGAGCCUGAAUCUGGAGCGGGUGGUGAUGUGUCAGAUGAACCCUCUGAAGGUCUGCCUGCCUGCAGUCACCAGCAUGUUCGCUGCCAUCACCAGGACGUACCAGGUGGUGUUCUGCUACUCCGUCAUAGAGAGGAACAACCGCCACGUGCUGCCGGUGGUGCGCAGCUCUGCAGGAGGAGACGGCGUGACCACCAACACCAACCCGCUGGACAGCUUCUUCCCCUUCGACCCCUACCUGCUCAAGAGGUCUGUUCAGCUCAUUGAGCCGCUCUACCGGGUCUGGGAGGAACUAGCAGACACCGAGCUGCUUCCCCCCAAAGCAGGACCCCAGGGCUCCAGAGAGGACGAGGACGACUUCCUGUGUGGGGAGGCGCCCCAGGCAGAGGGCAUUGUGGGUAUGACGCCCAGCUCCUACGAGUCCAGCCUGCACAGCCCCAGCUCGGUGGGCUCGCCCCCCCUCAGCUUCCAGAGGCCCUGACCGCCACAGGGACUUGAGUUCUGGAGAACUCUCCAUGGUUCCUGUCCGGGAGCUCGAGGUCCAGUUUGAUAUCACACGUCACUAAACACCGGCACCACACUGCAGAACCUCCCAGAACCAGUGGAGCAACAAGGAACGAGGAAUAUGAAUAUGGCCUCCAUCACAACAUGCAGAAUCUACACGAGGAGAAGGAGAAACGGAGAAGGUCCGAAGCUCAGGCGGUGGGACAGGGAGGUGGUUCUGAUGGUUCUGAUACUCCACAUGUACACUGAACUCAAACUCAAAGUAGCACUUGACCUUUAAAUACAUGUUGUUAGCAUAAAGUACUGUCGCAGGAUGAUGACAUCAUCGUGUUCUCCAUCAGCUGCAUCCACCAGAGGAGGAGGAGGAGCUUCUGUCCCCAGGUCAAAGGUCAACGAUGUAGAAGUCCAAUAGAACGGAGAUGUUUCUUAUUUAACAGAGUUUUAUCUGCUUCGCUGAAGCUCCUCAUGUUUUACAUGACAGAUGGGACAGUUUAGAGUUCAUAAAGUGAGUUUUUGUUCACUAAUCUAUCAGUUUUUAGUGCGUUAGGCGUUUUGUAUUCGUGGAUCAUGUUUACUCUGAUGUCACAGACUUCUCUAGAUUAAAGAGUUUCUUCCUCCUC